CCGUGGUUGCACCUCGAUCGAUCUCUCGCGCUCGGGACGCCGCGCGCGCCUCGUCAUGGGAUGGCGUGAGAUGAUAAGUAGCGAGUGGGUUUUCAUUCUCCGUGCGGAUAGGGAAUCAGGUUGACAUUAUUUCGGGUUGUCAGUGGUCGAAACACGGGAAAGGCAAGCGGUUGAUGCGACCGUUACCACCGGUCGUCGCCGCGUCGAAGAAUGCAGAUUCAUUGCGAGCGAUACGUUAUCGGCGUCCUGUGCCGGCAUAAAUUUUCGCAAGGAUACAUACCGCUUAACAGGACACGUUCACCGGUAACCAGCUGCGACGCAGUCUACGAAUAUCCAAUACGCCUUAACGCUGGGCAGAAACCCGCAAGAAUCGAGCCUGAUGUCCAUAUGGUCGACGAGCACUGGACGCAAUUCAGUGUUUGGCGCGGAGGGCGGAGCGGUACUCCCCUCCACCCAGUUGCCGAUCCACGUACACGUGGCUCGCACACAUCUGCGCAACGUUGACGGCCACUGCUUCCACAAGCGGUUCCACGACUGUCAGUCGAAGAUGUCGCAGUCGGGAGAUGGCCUCCACACACCGGGUUAUCUCUCCUGGAGGAAGCUACAGCUAAGCCGGGCGAAACUGAAAGCAUCGAGCAAGACGUCCGCCCUACUUUCUGGUUUUGCCAUGGUCGCCAUGGUGGAAGUUCAGCUAAACUCGGACACGAAGGUCCCAUCCGAGAUGCUGAUCGCGUUUGCCGUGUGCACGACACUGCUGGUAGCGGUACACAUGCUGGCACUGAUGAUAUCGACGUGUAUACUGCCAAACAUAGAGGCCGUGUGCAAUCUUCACAGCAUCAGUCUGGUGCACGAGUCUCCCCACGAACGUUUGCACUGGUACAUUGAGGUGGCAUGGGCAUUUUCAACAUUGCUGGGAUUGCUGUUGUUCCUGCUGGAGAUCGCGAUACUCUGUUGGGUCAAAUUCUACGAUUUCUCCCAAGUGGCCGCUUGGUCCGCGUGCAUAGUGUUGAUACCGGUGUUGAUAAUAUUCCUCGCGUUCGCGAUCCACUUCUAUCGCAGCCUAGUCGCCCACAAGUACGAGGUGACCGUGUCCGGUAUAAGGGAACUGGAGUUACUUAAAGAACAGAUCGAAUCGACAGACGUCGAGGGUAGAAACGGGGUGAACUUGUUACAGACUGGCGUGGCGCACAUGGUAUGAACACGUUUGUACAGUGUACGUAUUUGUCGAUAGUACAGUUACUUUUCAAAAAAAAAAAUGUGAUAUCCUCUCGCGGAGGUACCUAAGUUGUAAUAGUGAUGAAUCUCCGAUAACGCGGCUGCUACUCUACCGACAUUUGUAAAUAUUGAAGCAACUGGAACAGAAGAACGGCGCGAAUAAUCAGUUAAUAAUUGUCACGGAAAUUGUACGGGACGCACUCAAACCCUAAUCUUGAUGUAACGCGCAAAAGACUCAGUCACUUGUUUCCCGCAGUUCAGAAACUCAGACACGUGUGCAAUUUGAAAAUGGAACACUUGUUCCAUGUGAGAGCGUCGUAAUUUCUAUUAUUGUUUCCCCCUGUUUAUCCAAUAAAGUGUACAGUUGACGGUAGAGAAAUAGAAGUUCCAAGUGAGACAGUGUUUGCUACCAUCUAACAGGGGGUAGAAAUAUUGUACCUGGAAAGAAAGUACGUUUUAAUACCUUGAAGGUCAGCCCUAAUUAUGUUAGCGUUCAAUUAAAUAUAAAUUUUGGUAGAAAUUUGGUUAAUGUUUCAUCUUAAUUGUAAUAUUUGUACUAAUUUAGAAUGUAAAUGUAAACCGUGCCUUAAUGAGUUAAGACAAUUAAAGUACACGCUGAUACUGUAUCAGUGUGGAGUUUCUUUUAUUUUAUGAAACUCUUUAGGUACAACCUUUUUUGACCUCCCAUUCGUGGUCGAACUUACAUUCACUGUUUCACUACCGCCGACUAUUCAAGGUUGCCAGAGAGAACCAAGGUUCGAUAAAACGCUCUGAAACACAUUCCCUUUCUUGCAUAGCGACUUAAGUGUACCGGUUACCGAUAAGCAGUACGUGUGCUGCAUAUGUAUCGUGUGUUCCGUGACUCGAAGACCGACGGUCGUGAAUGGGAAUUCAUGGUUUGUUGUGUAUGCAUGACCAAGUCAUGUGGAAUGUACUUACCUUCGCUGGAGACGUGUCUGUUCCGAGAUUCCUUUAGUUUCGUUGUCUCUCGCGUAAUAGCCCGAUGCUCAAACAGUUUUCCAAACGUUACAGUAUAUACAGAGGCGCGGAAAAAGAAAUCAUUUUUACGUGUUUUAUGUUACACGAUUUACAUUGUCUCGUUGCGCUUGUACUUGGUAAUCAUAAUGUCGUCGUUAUGAAAAUGAAAGAAAAAAGAAACGUAUUCAUUAUGAAACGGCAAUUUAGUUAUAUAUAAUUUGUAUUUAACGCAAACGGACGGUUUACCCGUACAUUACGUUCGUAUAUGAAUAUAUAAUAGCGGCGCUUUUGCCUAAAUAAAUCGUAUAAGUAACAUUCAACAUUUUCUUGUUUACAAAAUUGACUUUAAUUGGGAACGCAUAUCCGUAAAUACGCGUUUUAGAGGCCUUUUGCAUGUACACGAUGAUAGUUUUUCUUCUUCGUUAUUGUCAUCGUAUGUUUCAUGCGUGUAUUUGAUUGCAUCAUCUGCGAUUAAUUUGAGCUGGUAACAAAUUUACAAUGAUCAAAUGAGACUUUAAAAUAAAAAUUGUACUGCCUAUUCCUACAGGCGAAGUAUAAAAAAGACC